AUGUUGGCCAAAGCACUCAUCACUCUCACUCUCGCAGCCCUAUCCACCGCCCACGCUGUAAUCAAAACGCCAACACCGCGUACCGCUGGCCCCACGCACACAUCCCUCUGCGGCAGCCCCGUCGCUUCCAAACUCGCCUCCGACCCUGCCGGCCCGAUCGAAAGCGCUGUCGCAAAGGCAGAUGCGAGCUACAAGUGCGAUGCGUAUUUGUGCCGCGGAUAUCAAUGGGGUGAUAAUACGGGCAGGGCGCAGAGCUACGUAGCUGGGCAGGUAGUGCCGUUCUAUGUGGACCUCGUGGCGGCGCAUAAGCCAGGGUGGGCUAAUGUCUCGGUGAUCGAUUUGCAGACGAAUAAGGCGGUUGGGACGCCGCUGAAGACUUGGAGCGUGUGGCCGGAUGAUGUUAGUGGGGGAGGAGAUGAUGUUGACUUCAAUGUCACAAUUCCGGGGACGCUGGGCUCGGCGUGCAAUGUCGGGGGGAAGUGUGCGCUGCAGUGGUAUUGGUGGAGUAGCAGUAACAAGCAGACAUAUGAGGGUUGUGUGGACUUUUAUGUCAAAUGA